GACCGACAGAAUAUAAAAGUCGACUGGACGGUCAGAGCGACACCAGAGAGAGAAAGGACAGGAACCUCCGUCCUGCUGCCGAACGAGAAGAAGAAGAAGAAGAAGAAGAAGAAGAAGAAGAAGAAGAAGAAGAAGAAGAAGAGACGGAGCGGAGAAUGUGUCCUGUGUGGUUAUUGGUGGCUGUGGUGGUUGUGGGCGGGGCCAGAGGAGCUGUCAGUCAGUGCUGGGAGCAUCCGAGCUGUCAGGAAGUGAACGAUGAGAGAAGCAUGAUGGAGUGUAUCCAGCUCUGUCACUCUGACCUCACUGCUGAGACGCCCGUCAUCCCAGGCCACGCCCACCUCCAACCUCUGUCUCUGUCAGACUCCUCCCCCUUCGUCCUGCCGCCCUCCUCCUCCAAACGCUCCUACUCCAUGGAGCACUUCCGCUGGGGGAAGCCCGUCGGCCGCAAGCGCCGCCCAAUCAAAGUCUACACCUCCAACGGCGUGGAGGAGGAGUCUGCUGAGGUUUUCCCCGGCGAGGUGAGGAGGCGGGAGUUAGUCAAUGAGCUGUUAGCAGCAGAGGAGGUGGAGGAGAAGGCGCAGGAAGUGAUGGAGGAGGCGGGGGAAGAGGAGGAGGAGCAGCUCCUGGGUGGAGUCCAGGAUAAAAAAGAUGGUUCCUACAAGAUGAAGCAUUUUCGCUGGAGCAGCCCGCCCGCCGCCAAACGCUACGGCGGCUUCAUGAAGAGCUGGGACGAACGCAGCCAGAGGCCGCUACUCACGCUCUUCAAGAACGUCAUCAACAAAGAUGGACAGCAGCAGAAGUGAAGGGGCGGGGCGGACGGGAGACAGUGAACUUUUUACACAGAUCGUCGACAGGCGGCGAGCAGCUCUGAUUGGCCGAAGAAGCUCGUUAGUGAUGAAGAAAGAAACUGCUGAUCCUGAACGACUGAAAGAGAGAGAGAGAGAGAGAGAGAGGAGAGAGAGAGAGAGAGAGAGAGAGAGCGAGAGAGAGAGAGACAGAGAGAGAGAGAGAGAGAGAGAGAGACAGAGAGAGAGAGAGAGAAGAGAG